UUGUCGAAAAAUGCAGGCAGAGGACUGCUCGGAGUAGUGAUUCCCGGCUGCGCCGAGACCUUCGAGACCGAGAUGAGGCAGCGAGACCAUGACCGGAGCAGGAGCUUCGUGGAUCGGCACCAGAAGGUCCGCCAGUUCAGGCAAGGCGACGUUAUCGCCUUGCCGGCCGGGUUCACUCUCUGGUUUUACAACAACGGCGACGAGAGGCUCGAGACCGUCGCGUUGCUCGACACCGGCAACCAAAUCAACCAGCUCGAUCACGCAUUCAGGAACUUCUUCCUAGCCGGAAACCACGAAGCACAAGGCUCCGAAAGCUACCGUAGCCGCCGGAGGGGAGAAAGCGAACAAAGCGAGAGGGACAACAUUUUCAAUCCAUUCGACGACGAGCUUCUGGCCGAGAUCUUCAACGUGGACAUAGAGACGGCGAGGAAAUUGAAGAGCCAAGACGACUUCCGAGGGCAAAUCGUGCAGGCCGACAGGUUCGACAUCGUCUUCCCCGGGCACGAGGAGGAGGAGAGGGAGAGCCGCAGGCGGGGCCGGUGGUGGGACAACCUCGAAGCCUCGAACGGGCUCGAGGAGACCCUCUGCAGUGCCAGGUUGAGGCUCAACUUGGAUGAGCCGGCGCGGGCGGAUGUGUACAACCCCCGCGGCGGCCGCAUCAGCGCCGCCAACAGCCAGAAGCUCCCCAUCCUCAGCUGGCUCCGCCUUAGCGCUGAGAAAGGGGUCCUCUACAAGAAUGCGAUCAUGGCGCCAACCUGGAACGCGAACGCCCACUCGGUGAUCUACAUCACGCGAGGGAGCGGCCGAUUCCAGGUGGUGGGCCAGGCCGGGAAGGCCGUGUUCGACGGCGAGGUGAGGGAGGGGCAGAUGAUCAUAGUCCCACAGAACUUCGCGGUGAUAAAGAAGGCGAACGACGAGGAGGGCCUCGAGUGGAUCUCCUUCAAGACCAACGACAACGCCAUCGUCACCCCGCUGGCCGGCCGGCUAUCGGCCCUCCGGGCAAUGCCGGAGGAGGUGCUCAUGAGCGCCUACGACAUCUCGAGGGAGGAUGCUAGGAAUUUGAAGUUUAAAAGAGAGGAAUCGAGGAUCAUGAGCUCGACUAGCAGGCGUUCAUCGAGAUAUCCUAGCCGUCCAUGGCCGAUUGAGUAUGCCUUGGAUGUGAUCAAGUCUAUGAUGUAAACAAACGUAAAAAGUAGAUAUUCCACCAAAAUUAAUGUAGGGUUUUUGGAAUAAUGAGGGCUUCGAUGUGUAAUAUGAUGGAAUGUGGUUUCGUUUGAGUGAAUAAAAUUGGGUUGGUAGUCUUUUAA